AUGCCUCAUCGCCAACACGACCACAGAGCCACCGCCAGAGACGUAACCUUUCCUGCCAUCACCAGAGGUCAACGACCUCCAAGACCGAGGAGUCACGCUGACGCCAGCCACUGGAAACCAGCCCCAAGCGGUGGUAAAUUCUCCAUAGCAACUACCAUUCAAGAAUCGAUGACUUCUGCUCGUCUCCUGACCACUCAGCCAUUGCUAUCGGAGUCCACUAGGAAAUUUGGAGGUCACGGCCAAGCUCGAUUGAGGACUAUCUUGGUGUCUUUUUGCGACACCAACCACACCAUCGGAUUCUUUAGUGCUGGAAUAGCAAAUGCUGGAACAAGCCCUCUAAGACGAUGCCGGCGAGCCGCCGAUGAGCGAACUAUAGUUCCUCCGGAACUUCCUAGCUCCGAGAAUGCCAUUCCCCUUGCUUCUCGCAACACUGCCACUAGCACCGGAAGCAGUAGACUUGGACCUGCGAGUUUCAUGGAAUUCUAG